CGCAACAACCACGCGUCUCGCAGUUCACUUCUUUCUGUACAAUGAUAUUGCUGCCACGGCAUUGAUCUUGCUAGGCUUUUCACUCCUUUGACAUUCCUAGAGAAGCAGCUGCAGGUGCGUCUGCAAUUGUAGACUCUCGGUACGCGGACUGACACUUGCCCGCGCCACACCUCCGCGGUCUCACUUCCACGUUCUAUAACCCCGAAUACUCUUUCGACCUCGACUGCCUACAGUGUAGUUUGCCAAAAUGCCUCCCAAAUCUGCUUUCACGCGCCUCGACGCCUUCACAAAAACCGUCGAAGAUGCACGCAUUCGUACAACGUCCGGAGGAAUCGUCACCAUUGUGAGCUUACUGGUCAUUCUCUGGUUGACAUUGGGCGAGUGGGCAGAUUACAGACGGGUGAUAGUCCGUCCUGAGCUGGUUGUCGACAAAGGUAGAGGCGAGCGCAUGGAGAUCAGCUUGAAUGUCACAUUCCCGCGGAUGCCUUGCGAAUUGCUCACCCUCGAUAUCAUGGAUGUGUCCGGCGAGCUGCAGAUGGGUGUCGCACACGGUAUCAACAAAGUGCGCCUGAGUCCUGAGAAGGAGGGCAGCAAGGAGAUUGAGAGCAAGGCCCUUGAUCUACACAAGGACGAAGCUUCCCACCUUGCCCCCGACUAUUGCGGCGAAUGCUACGGCGCCCCCGCCCCCACCAACGCACAAAAGCCCGGCUGCUGUAACUCUUGUGACGAAGUCCGCGACGCCUACGCUUCCGUAUCAUGGUCUUUCGGCCGUGGCGAGGGUGUUGAGCAGUGCGAGCGCGAGCACUACGCUGAACACCUUGACGCCCAGCGCCAGGAGGGAUGCCGCCUUGAGGGCAGCAUCAAGGUCAACAAGGUUAUUGGAAACUUCCACAUUGCGCCUGGGAAGUCCUUCUCCAAUGGCAACCUGCACGUACACGACCUUGAGAACUACUUCAAGGACGAAUACGCGCACACGUUCACCCACAAAAUCCACCACCUGCGUUUCGGCCCCCAAUUGAGCGACGUUGUUGUGCAGAACAUGGCGAAGAACCAUCUUGCGACUGGUCCGGGUGGCUGGACGAACCACCACAUCAAUCCCCUAGACGGUACAGAUCAGCACACAGACGAGAAGGCUUUCAACUACAUGUACUUUGUCAAAGUCGUCUCAACCGCCUACUUGCCGCUUGGCUGGGAGAAGGAGGCAGCUCGUCCUAGUGACCAAGACAUUGGUGCGAUCAUUGAGGGUAACUACAAGGGAAGCAUCGAGACACAUCAGUACUCUGUUACCAGCCACAAGAGGAGUCUUCAGGGCGGCACUGAUGAGCAGGAAGGCCACAAGGAGCGUAUUCAUGCUCGCGGUGGUAUCCCGGGUGUUUUCUUCUCCUACGACAUCUCGCCAAUGAAGGUUAUCAACCGCGAAGUGCGCGACAAGUCUUUCUCUGGUUUCCUUGUUGGCUUGUGCGCUGUGAUUGGUGGCACACUCACAGUCGCUGCUGCGGUUGACCGUGCGCUGUACGAAGGCGUCAACAAGAUCAAGAAGAUCCAUUCGAAUUAGUCGCAUAUAUGUGGCUCCACGACAGUCCGAAAAGGACAGCAAACAUGGCUUUGCGAAUUUGUGGGCUGCGACCCAGGAGUUUCGGCGCACUGAUUUGGCGAUUUGGAUUGGGCGACGCAUUGGCUUGAAGGGCUUAGAUCUAUGAAUCUUUUGGGGAGUCGAAGAGCAUUUGACGCUGAGCUGAAAAUGCCAGCUUGUAACAUCUAGCCUAGGCGAAUAUGUAAAGGAAUUCAUAGAUGACUAAAUGUGAGCAUUGUGCUC